UCAACCGCAGAAGGCAUUCUCUCUCGGUGACCAGCCGAUGACCGAAUGCUAAGGUCGGGCUGAGUUGGAGAACGACUUGGAGAAUCGCCACGGUCACCAAGCUGGCUGAAUUGCUACGAAAGAAGAGAAAUCAGGAACAUUAUCGUGGGACAACCAUCAAUAACCGGAAUAACCGGAAAGAAGACCUCAAGGAAAAGGAAGAGAACCAGGAGAGACGAGAAGAGUGAAAAAAGUUCGCGAGAAACACGCGCUUUUACGAAAUAGUGGAGCCAGUUUUUAAAAACAGGAACGGAAUAUAUAUAUAUAUAUAUAUACACACGAGUGAAAGGAAAUCUGCCAGAAAUAUCGUAUUUGGACAGUCGUUGACGGCGGCAGUUUCGCGAUCGACGGUGUCUAAUUCUCACUGAAACGCUUAUCGUCGGAGUUACCGUUAGGUAUUACUGUCUAACGAUAAGCAAAACAAAGUGUCUAGCUCUCCGCUGAUUUUAUAAGGCAAGAAAUUAUAGUUGUUGUAAACCGUCUCGAAAAAUUUGAAUAUGGGUACGUUGCAGCAGCAAUCGAUCUUAAAAGGUCAACAGACAGAAAAGCACAAAGAGAAAGAUUUAGUGCAUGAACUAUUCAGCCGUGCAGCAGCAGCUCAUCCGAAUCAAACAGCAAUAUUUUACGAAGAUGACGAGGGGCGAGAGCACGCGCUCUCUUUCAAAGAACUGGAUAACAUUACCAAUCAAUUGGCGCGAGCUUUACGAAAAUAUGAGAAAGUUGAAACAGCCUCCCAAUCACUGGUAGCUGUCUGCAUGAAACCAUCGCAUCAACUUCCAACUAUAUUACUUGGUAUAAUAAAAGCAGAAAUGGCCUAUUUACCUUUGGAUGUGGAAUUUCCAAUGUCCAGAGUGAAACACAUUCUCGAAGAAGCGCAACCGUUAAUAGUAUUGGUGGAGGAAGGAGCGGAUUUGUCGAUUUACGAGGGCACUUCGAUCGUGACGUACGAACAGCUCUUGAAAGAAGCUAGACAAGAACGAGAAGACACAUUAAAAGUGAAGGAGCGCUCCAAUCAACUCGCUAUUGUUCUUUAUACUUCCGGAAGUACGGGAGUUCCAAAAGGUGUGCUUAUACCGCAUGCUACUCUAUUGAACCGUUUGCAAUGGCAAUGGAGGGAACUUCCGUACGCGGAUGAUGAAGAACGCUGCGUCUUCAAGACUUCCCUGACAUUCGUCGAUAGCGUUCCGGAGAUUUGGGGACCGCUUCUACAGAAUCGUACUUUGGUGGUCGUACCAAAAAGCGUGACGAAAGACCCGGAGAGGUUCGUACCGCUUUUAGAGAAACACCAGAUACAACGUUUAGUUCUCGUGCCAUCGUUACUGCGCUCAUUGCUCAUGUAUCUGGGUCUACAAGAUAAGAAUGACAAACUUCUGAAUCGCUUGAAACUCUGGAUUUGUUCCGGAGAAACCUUGCCAGUCGCAUUGGCCGAUCAAUUUUUUGCCAAGUUUAACAAUGAGGACAAGAUAUUGGCUAAUUUCUAUGGUAGUACGGAAGUCAUGGGUGACGUCACGUACUACCUUUUGAGCAAACGCGCACAAUUACAAGGAAUGGAGAAAGUGCCAAUUGGAAAACCAAUCGACAAUUGCAUAAUCUACCUCGUGAACAAGGACAUGCGAUUAGUUCCUCAAGGAGAAGUGGGAGAGCUGAUCGUAGCUGGAAGGAAUCUUGCCGCGGGUUACAUACGCGGACGAGACGCACAUAAAUUUUUGGACAAUCCUCACGCCAUCGAUCCAGAGUAUCCAAAGAUCUUUCGCACCGGUGACUACGCUAAAAUCGUUAAAGGUUCGAUAAUUUAUGAAGGACGAGUGGAUUCGCAGAUCAAGAUUAGAGGUCACCGUGUUGACCUCACGGAAGUGGAAAAAGUGAUUGCCAGGAUACCCGAUAUCGAUAAAGUCGUGGUUCUUUGCUACAAACCUGGUGAACUAUCACAGGCACUGGUAGCCUUUAUUACGAUCGCGGACGGCACAACCAUAUCCAGCUCGAAAGAAAUUGAAAGUUUUCUUCAAAGGACGUUACCGCCAUACAUGUUGCCACAAAUUAUUAUUGUUGAUCACAUACCUCUUUUAACUAAUGGAAAAACGGAUCGACAGACAUUAUUGAAGCAAUACGAAUCGUCUUGCCCUAAUGAUGAAAACGAUAUUGCUACAAACUGCGAUUACAGCGAUGUGCCGAGUGAAGAUCUUGCGAAAGCCCGUGUUCUCUUUCCAACGGUCGCGUCUAUAAUAGGAUGCAAUGGUUGCUCACAAGUGAAGAUGCGCGCGAAUUUCUACGAGCUCGGCGGAAACUCGUUGAAUUCGAUAUACACCGUGACUAAACUGAGAGACCAGGAUUAUCAUAUCAGCAUCACGGAUUUCAUCAUGGCAAAAGAUCUGGCCGAAAUAUUGAACCGCAUGAAAUUCAUAUCGUCCGACGAGGAAUCUCUCAAGGAAACCAUCGAUCAAAAGUCGUACAUCUUCGAACCGUUAAGCGAUUGCCACAAAGAGGACGCAAUCACGAUAAUUACAGAGAGCUUCUAUUCGAAAGCUGAUCUGGAGCAGUGGCUAAUGCCGGACAUAACGAGAGCCGAUUAUCGGGAAUUAAUGGAGGCCAUGUGGAAUCCUCUCGUAGAGAAAAAUCUGAGUUUUGCGAUGAAGUCGGCGCAAAGCGGCAAAAUGAUCGGGAUUACACUCAACUUCGAUCUUUGGGACGAACCUGAGCUAAUAUUGAACUCCAAGCUGAUGAUCGUUUUUGAUUUUCUCGAGUACCUGGAGGGACCGAUCAGAGAAUACAAAUUACCGAAAGGCAAGGGUCAGAUCAUCCACAAUUACAUGAUGGCAACGGACAGCGACUUGACUGCUGCGGAGAACGUGCUCGUGAUAAGACAAAUGGAAGAAUAUUGCUUACAACUUACUAAGCAGAAAGGAUACGCCGGAAUUUUCACCACAAAUACUAGUAGCCUCACACAGCAACUUGGCACGGAUGUGUUCGGCUAUGAAACCAUGCUGGUAUAUCAAGUGAACGUAUACGAGACACCCGAUGGAUACAAACCCUUCGGCAAGGCUCCCGACAGCCAAGUGGCAAUUUGCUCAUUAAAGAAUGAUUGACUAAAACGAUUACUAGACGAGUAAAUAAGACGAAUAAAAAGACGAAAAAGAGAGAGAGAGAGAGAGAAGUAUUAAAGUAGCGACAAAAGCAUCAAUUGCAAUCGUUUAUCAACAUGAUCAUUAGUUACUUACAAUAAUAAGGCUUGUUUUUCAUAUCACUUAUUAUUUUUUUAUAAAUACCACUGUCAAACGAUACAUCGCAAUCGCGCGAUACAACUAAAUGACCAUUUAUAUCAUUUGUCAAAAAUAAUGUAACGUAACACAUAAUGAUUAUUGUUCCUUCAAUUUUACAUUCUCGAUAAUCUAGUAAAAUUUAGGAUACUUUUUAAGUAAAAAUUUGUAAAAUUUGUAUAAUGAUAAAUUUACAACAAAUUAAUCAUUAUGCAUUUCUCAAAACAUUAGACUAAGCUAUUCUUCGAGAUAUGUCGUGAUAUUUUCAAUUAUAUAUUUAUGCUAUCGCAGUGAUAUUCAUGAACUAUAAAGAUUAUAGAUCAUAAAUUUGUAUAUAUAUUUUUGUAAAUAGAUGUGAUAAAAUUCUAACAGCUUUAAUAGCAUAAAUUUGCAAUUAACAUUAUAUUGUAAAACCCCUCCCUUAUAUACAUAAUUAAACAGUUGAAAUAAUAAAGGCUGCUAUGAUUAUAAUAAUAAUAAUAAUAAAUAUUUAAUUAUGUAUUAAUUAAUUUCGACCAACAAAAUACUAAAUGCAUUAGAAAAUUGUGUAUGCAAUAGUAAUUUAUGUAAACUACAUAUUGGCGUUGUAUCUAAUAAGCAGCUUUUAGAAAAGCACAAAAAAUCAAUUAGAAAAGCACCAAAG